AUGGCUCCCGGUAUCUUAGCAUCCCCAGAUAUCGUCGAGACGCCCUCCAAGGCGGUUUCGCUCGCCCAGCUGACCGAGAAUUGGGACGACACGAUUCGCUUCUACCUCAACGGUACUAAGGUCACACUCGACUCCGUCAACCCGGAGCUCACUUUGUUGGAAUACCUGCGGGGUAUCGGGCUCACAGGGACGAAGCUGGGUUGUGCUGAGGGAGGCUGUGGAGCUUGCACAGUGGUCAUUUCACAUAUCAACCCGACGACUAAGAAGCUCUAUCAUGCAUCUGUCAACGCCUGCCUCGCCCCAGUGAUAAGUGUGGAUGGGAAACAUGUUAUGACUGUCGAGGGGAUCGGCAAUGUGAAGAAGCCUCACGCCAUUCAACAGCGGCUUGCGAUUGGAAAUGGAAGUCAAUGUGGCUUUUGUACGCCUGGAAUUGUCAUGAGCCUCUAUGCCCUCCUGCGCAACAACCCUCAGCCUUCGCAGCAUACGGUCGAGGAAGCAUUCGACGGGAACCUCUGUCGUUGUACAGGAUACCGACCUAUAUUGGAUGCCGCCCAAAGCUUCACACCCGUUACUGGGUGCGGGAAAGCAAGCGCCAAUGGCGGAACGGGCUGCUGUAUGGAGAAACAGAACGGUGGCGGAGGAUGUUGCAAGCAAACAUCGGUCGACGAUACAACGGAGGACAGUUCACUCAAGUUUACGCCCCCUGAAUUCAUCAAAUACAAUCCCGACACCGAGCUGAUCUUUCCCCCGGCUCUCCAAAAACACGACUUUCGACCAGUGGCAUUCGGUAACAAGAAGAAGAAGUGGUACAGGCCGGUCACUCUGCAGCAGCUCUUGGAAAUCAAGAGCGUGCAUCCCACCUCCAAAAUUAUUGGUGGAAGCACGGAGACCCAGAUUGAAGUCAAGUUCAAGGCGAUGAAAUACAACGCUUCCAUCUACGUGGGUGAUAUCCCCGAACUUCGUCAAUACACGCUCAAGGACGAUCAUCUCGAACUUGGUGCCAAUGUCUCCCUUACGGAUCUGGAGACCAUCUGUGAUGAGGCUGUUGAGAAGUACGGUCCUGUGCAGGGGCAGCCGUUCAAAGCAAUUAAAAAACAGCUUCGUUAUUUUGCCGGAAGGCAGAUCAGGAACGUUGCCUCGCCUGCUGGAAACCUGGCUACUGCGUCUCCUAUAUCCGAUUUGAACCCUGUGUUCGUUGCAACGAACACGACCCUUAUUGCGAAAUCACUCAAGGGAGAUACGGAGAUCCCCAUGAGCCAAUUCUUCAAGGGUUAUCGAUCAACUGCUCUCCCAGAGGAUGCUAUAAUUUACAGCCUGCGAAUCCCAAUUGCAUCCAAUCAGGGCGAGUAUAUCCGAGCUUAUAAGCAAUCUAAGAGGAAAGAUGACGAUAUCGCCAUUGUCAAUGCUGCUUUGCGUGUAUCCCUCUCCACUUCCAACGAUGUGACGAGCGCGAACCUUGUUUUUGGUGGCCUGGCCCCUAUGACAGUCUCCGCACGAAAUGCAGAGUCUUUCUUGGUGGGCAAAAAGUUCACGAACCCUGCAACGCUCGAGGGUACCAUGAGUGCCCUAGAGCGCGACUUUGAUCUGAAGUUUGGAGUUCCUGGUGGAAUGGCUACUUACCGAAGGUCGCUUGCCCUGGGUUUCUUCUACCGCUUUUACCAUGAUGUUCUCUCGGGAAUUGAAGUCAAGGAAUCUGAUAUCGAUGAGGGCGUCAUUGCUGAGAUCGAAAGAGCGAUCUCCACCGGACAAAAGGACAACGAGUCCUCUGUGGCAUACCAGCAAAAGAUCUUAGGGAGGGCGAUGCCUCACGUAUCCGCUUUGAAGCAGGCGACUGGAGAGGCUCAGUAUACGGACGACAUUCCUGUGCAGCAGAAUGAGUUAUUCGGUUGCUUGGUUCUCUCGACCAAAGCACAUGCGAAGAUCAUCAGUGUCGAUGCAACUGCUGCACUGGAUAUUCCUGGUGUCUUCGACUAUGUAGACCACAGAGAUCUCCCAGACCCCAAAGCUAACUGGUGGGGUGCUCCGAAGAGGGAUGAGGUGUUCUUUGCAGUGGACGAAGUGACGACUGCAGGCCAGCCCAUUGGCAUAAUACUUGCAAACUCGGCCAAGAUCGCCGAAGAAGGUGCAAGAGCAGUGAAGAUUGAAUAUGAGGAUUUGCCGGCAAUCCUGACGAUGGAAGAAGCAGUUGAGGCGGAGUCAUUCUUUGAGCACUUCCGCUACAUCAAGUGUGGCGAUACUGAGAAAGCUUUCAAAGAGGCAGAUCAUGUCUUUGAGGGAGUCUCACGGAUGGGUGGCCAAGAACAUUUUUACCUUGAGACUCAGGCCUGCGUGGCCAUCCCGAAACCUGAAGAUGGCGAGAUGGAAGUUUGGAGCAGUACCCAAAACCCUACAGAGACGCAAGCCUAUGUUGCUCAGGUUACUGGUGUCGCAGCCAACAAGGUAGUUUCCCGAGUAAAGAGACUUGGCGGUGGUUUCGGAGGCAAGGAGUCCCGAUCAAUUCAACUAGCGGGUAUAUGUGCCACAGCAGCUGCAAAGUCGAAGCGGCCCGUUCGAUGCAUGCUGAAUCGUGACGAGGAUAUCUUGACCUCGGGUCAGCGCCACCCAUUCCUGUGUCAUUGGAAGGUCGGCGUGACCAAGGACGGGAAACUUCUUGCGCUUGAUGCCGAUGUGUAUGCCAACGGUGGCCAUACGCAGGAUCUUUCCGGCGCCGUGGUGGAGCGCAGUCUCUCUCACAUCGACGGAGUAUACAAGAUUCCAAACGUGAAUGUUCGUGGUCGUGUCUGCAAGACAAACACGGUUUCAAACACUGCAUUUCGUGGCUUCGGCGGCCCCCAGGGCCUGUUCUUCGCCGAAUCAUUUAUGUCGGAAAUUGCAGACCAUUUUGAUAUUUCUGUGGAGGAAUUUCGUCUGCAGAAUAUGUAUCAGCCAGGAGAAAUGACUCAUUUCAACCAGGAGCUCAAAGACUGGCACGUCCCCUUGAUGUACAAGCAAGUGCUAGAGGAGAGUUCUUAUGCCGAGCGCCGCAAAGCUGUGGAAGAAUACAAUAAGCAACACAAAUGGUCUAAGCGUGGAAUGGCCAUCGUACCCACCAAGUUCGGUAUCUCGUUCACAGCAUUGUUCCUGAACCAGGCUGGUGCCUUGGUCCACAUUUACCAUGACGGCAGUAUCCUGGUCGCCCAUGGUGGUGUCGAGAUGGGGCAGGGGCUACACACGAAGAUGACAAUGAUUGCGGCAGAAGCACUCGGCGUCUCUCAAUCUGACGUCUUCAUUUCCGAGACAGCAACCAACACCGUCGCCAACACAUCUUCCACCGCCGCCUCCGCCAGUUCAGAUCUCAACGGCUACGCCAUCUUCAACGCCUGCGAGCAACUCAACGAGCGUCUCCGCCCAUACCGCGAGAAAAUGCCGGGUGCCAGCAUGAAGGACCUCGCCCACGCAGCAUACUUCGACCGAGUCAACCUGUCCGCGCAAGGCUUCUACCGUACCCCUGAUAUUGGCUACGUGUGGGGCAAAAACGAGGGCCAGAUGUUCUUCUACUUCACGCAGGGCGUGACAGCCGCCGAAGUCGAAAUCGACACCCUAACCGGCGACUGGACACCUCUCCGCGCCGACAUCAAAAUGGACGUCGGCCGCACAAUCAACCCCUCCAUCGAUUACGGCCAGAUCGAAGGCGCCUUCGUCCAGGGUCAGGGCCUUUUCACCACCGAGGAGAGCCUCUGGCACCGCGCCUCGGGUCAGAUAUUUACCAAGGGACCCGGGAACUACAAGAUCCCCGGCUUCCGAGACAUUCCGCAGGUCUUCAACGUCAGUCUGCUCAAAGACGUCGAGUGGGAGAACCUGCGCACCAUCCAGCGGUCGCGUGGUGUGGGCGAGCCGCCGCUUUUCAUGGGCAGUGCUGUCUUUUUCGCUAUCAGGGACGCCCUCAAGGCGGCGCGCAGACAGUGGAACGUUACUGACGUACUUCGCUUGGAGAGCCCGGCAACGCCGGAGCGGAUCCGUGUUAGCUGUGCUGAUCCUAUCAUUGAGAGGGUCAGGGUUUCUCCCCAGGAGGGGGAGAAGAGUUUCUUUGUGGCUAUCUGA